UAAAACCCAGGGAUUUUCCUGUCAUCUAUUCGUCCCUCUGCUCAGCAUGGGUAUCCCCAUUAGAGAGCUCCCCGGUUCCCCUACAACAACUCAACCGCAUUGCGCAGCCGUGCCGCACGUCUGGUCUCGAUUCGUCGACGCCUUCGUUGAUUUCGCCGUCGGCGGCCACGUGCUCGCGGGCCGUGCGAAGGAUUCGCCACGGUGGACUCAGCCUGUCCAAUCAGCAGCGUUAGAUCCUGCCACUGACCAAUCAGGACGAGAACGGGAGACGGCUUCCGUCAAUCAGACGGAUUCAUUCAGUCCAGGAAACACCGAGGGGCCGCCUCCGUUAGCGACGGUGCUUCCGGCAGCAGAUCGGGUGGUGGCGAUCGGCGACAUUCACGGCGACAUCGCCAAGGCCCGACAAGCUCUUCGCACGGCAGGGCUGAUCGACGGCCACGAUCGCUGGACGGGAAAAUCGACGGUUCUCGUGCAGGUUGGGGAUCUUCUAGAUCGGGGAGGCCAGGAACUAGCCGUUGUGUACCUAUUUGAGAAAUUAAGGCGGGAAGCGAGGCAAGCCGGCGGCGCGGUGCACGUGUUACUUGGUAACCACGAGACGGGGAAUUUCGAGGGCUGGUUUCGUUACGCAACGAGAGAGGGCAGGAGGGAUUUUCAGAGAUGGGCAGCAUGGGAGAGGCUGGGGAUUGGUUUCCGGGCAGCUUGUGAAGGAGGUAGGGUUUCUCCCGAUCCUCUAGCUUCGGUUUCCGAACGUGUGAGGUCGGAGCUUCGAGCACGCAUGGCAGCUUUGUCUCCGGGCAGCCCGCUUCUGCAGCGGUUUUUUGCGGACAACCCGAGUGUACUUCGGCUGGGCAGCACAGUUUUUGUGCACGGAGGGCUGCUGCCCGAACACGUGCAAUACGGCCUGGAGCGUAUCAACCAGGAGGGGCAGGAAUGGAUUCUUUCGCCUGCCCGGCGGCCGGAUGGGCUGCCCGAACGCGGGCCACAUUUUUUCCACACCCGGAACGCGGUCGUGUGGGUUCAAGAAUACUCCCACACUGACCCUUCGAUAUGCGACUGCAGACUGCUGGAACGGACGCUCGAGAUGCUCCCAGGCUCUCACCGGAUGGUUAUGGGCCACACGAUUCAGCAGCCGGGAGGGAUCAACGCUACUUGUAGAGGGAAGGCUAUUAGAGUGGAUGUGGGGAUGUCGGAGGGGUGCGGAGGGGCAGAGGCGGAAAUUUUGGAGAUAAGGAAAGAUAGGGAGGUGUGGGUGGUGAGGGCAGCAGAGGAACCUGCGGGGAAGCCUGGUAAAGCGCAUGUGCUGGCAGGGACGGAGUUGCCUGCAGAUAAGAGCGGGUUCUGGGGGAAGCUGAAGGAGGCGAUGGGAGCAAGAGUGGCGUGACUGCAGCAGCAGUAGCAGCAGCAGCAGCAGCAGCAGCAGCAGCAGCAGCAGCAAUGGAUCUGCUAUGAAUGGCAGUGUUGUGUGACUGAUAUCUGAUGAGAUUAUCAGAUCAGAUUUCCUGGUUCGGUCAGUCACAUUGUUUUUGCAGAGAGCUUGGUACAAAUGGUGGCGGUU